AUGAUUUUUAAGAAAUUGGAAUAAAAAUCUUUGAACAGAAUACUCUCAAUUAAGAGUAUAUCUGAAUUUUCUGAUGCUUCUACUAUGCCAAAGAUAAUUUCAUGCAAAAAGUUAGAUGAUGCUGACUCUGAUGCCGCUACUACUUUAUUUAACAUCGACAGUAUAAGUCCUGUUUAGAAACCUAAAACUCUUUCUACUAUUAUUCCUAUAUAAAGUAAAAUUUCCAAGUAAACAUACACAAAUCUUGAAAACUUGUAAACAAAUUCACCCAUAUAAUAAGACACAGAAGGCCUAAAUUUAUAAUUAAAAGUUGUAUAAAAUGCUCUAGUCAUUAAAGUCUGUUUAUAAUAACCAUUCAAGAACCAGAACCAAAAUCAAAAAUUCUAAUAUGAAGGUGAAUAAAAUAAAAUUGAUGAAAUCUGCUUGUCUGAAAUUGAGCGCAUUUCAACUAUUCAAAUUCAAUUCUAAAAAAUGAUGAUAUCUGAAGAUCAUUUAAUUAUGCAAGAAAUAAAAUAAAUUAUGGAUUACUUUAUUGGUAUAACUAAAAUAUCUCUUGACUUAAGCUAUUGUUCAUUUGAAAGCCCAAACGUAACCUCAAGCAUAUCUAGGAUAAUGAAGGAUAUGGCAUUUAUUAAUGAUAUCGAAUUAAACUUUACAGGAUGUGCUAUAAAAGAUCAGUUUAUGAUUUCUUUAAUUACAGAAUUAAAGCAUUUGAAUCUAACUAACCUUAAGAGAGUUUCUUUACUCUUAAACUAAAACAAAAUUGAGAUUGAAUGCAUGCUUUUUUUAAGUAAUCUAUUUGAAGAUAUGACCAAUUUAAAUCAUUUGAAGUUGGAACUUUAAAAUUGUGGAAUAAAUAACAAAAUGUUAUCAAUACUUUCAUAUCAUGUUAGCUAAUUAAAAAAAUUGAAAUCUCUUCAUCUCAAUUACGAAAACAAUUAAAUUUCAGAUGAUGGAAUUUACUAAAUGUGCGAAAAUUUAUUUGUUGAUGAUUUUAAGCUUGAUGAGCUCUCCUUCAAUUUUAACUAAAAUAAAAUUACAAACAAGAGUGCUCAUUAUCUUUCUUGCCUUUUAAAAUCAUAGAAGAAUCUCCAAAAGCUCUCUUUUGCUUUAAGAAACUAUAAAUUGAAAUCAUCUGACUUUGUAAAUCUUGGAAAGAGUCUAAUCAAAAUGUUUGAAUUAAAAGAGCUAGAACUUGACUUUUCAUUCAACGAAUUAGAUGAUGAAUUUUCUCUGAUGCUAGAAACCUCCUUCAAAUCAUUGCGCGUACUAAAUAAACUCAAAGUUGACUUAUCAAAUAAUUAAUUAUUCAAGAAGGGAGCUUAAUUCUUAGAUUAACUCUUUAAGUCAGAUACCAUGGAAACAUUAGAAAUAAAUUUAAGGUGA